GUAACAGUCGCAAGAAUACAGAAGGGAGGCGCCUCGAUUGGAGUAUAUAGUAUAAGGACGCAGGAUUCGUGGGAGCAUGAGUUUCCUGCAUUAUCAAUUGAUCAGAAAUCUAGAGAGACCAAUGGAUGUCCCUGAUAAAGGACUGGUGUGUGACCUACUGUGGUCCGACCCAGACGAGGAUAUUACUGGAUGGGGAGAUAAUGAUAGGGGCGUUUCCUGGACAUUUGGUGGUGAUGUGGUGCGAGAGUACCUGGAAAAGUAUGGCUUCAGUUUGGUGGUGCGGGCACAUCAGGUUGUUGAAGAUGGAUACAGAUUUUUCGAGAAAAGAAAGCUGGUAACACUUUUCAGUGCACCCAACUACUGUGGAGAAUUUGACAAUGCUGGGGGAGUAAUGUCAGUUGGUGAAAAUCUCAUGUGUUCAUUCAGCAUACUGAAGCCUCAAAGUCUACAGGUGAUAUUUGAGGAGGCAGAGGAGAAGCCAAAGAAAAGUGCCAGUAUCUUCAACAACAGGAUAGCUGUGGCAUGACAAAAUAAUUAUUCCUUAACCCCCCCCCCCCCCCCAAGUUUCAAGAAAGGGGAAGCCGGAAACAUUGUUCUUCCGUGGAUUUCCUUAUAUGUCUUGUUACUUUUAAGCCGCAAAUGUCUGAAAAUAGGGGAGGCCGGGCCCCGCUCGGCUCACCCCUAGAUCCGCCCCUGGCAAUGCCCCCAAUCCAAGUAUUUGGAGGGCUGUUACUGGUUUCAGCCUGGAGAUUUCGCAUUAUCUUACGCUUUGAAACAUAUUUUGUACUUUGUGCUGUAUUACCGUACCGUCAUCACAACAGUCAUUACCAUUCAUGAUGUAAAGUAAUAUUUAAUUUCUAUUUAUGAUUUUUCACAUUUGAAAGACGGAUCGACAAGAUGAUCUAGUAUUAUUUAACUUAUUUGAUAUUUAUUAAUUGAAUCAUUAAUUGUCUAUUUAGAUUUAUAAUAAAGAGGUGAAACGAUUUUCACGA